AUGAAGAAGGCCCUCCAGGGGCAUUUGGGGAGGGGUCACCGAUGGGCCGAUGAGGCAGACAUGGCUCAGAGUAUAGUGCUCGACCUUGACAGGCGCAUUGAAAGCAUCUCCAACGGGCCUCCCGGUAUUGUGAGUGAGAUCGAUCGAAGGACGCUUCUCGUGGAGAGAGAUGCCCAGGUAGCUGCGGCUGCAACUGCCGAGGAGCACAUGUUGGCAGCUGCGCUGGUAUGCCGUGAGCUGCAGGUUCGAGUAGCAGUGAGUGGCGUAGUAUGCGCUGUCUCCAUCGACCUUCACUAG